AUGACCUUUGUCACAUAUAGAAAUAACUGCCUAGUUACCCCUCCAGUUGCAACAACAACUAAACAUGGUGAAUUAUUUUCCUUCAUGCCUGUCGCUUUGCUCAUUUUCUCCAUGAUUGCUCUCAUUUUGGAAGUUAUAGCAAUAGUAGUGUUAUGCCAUUCCAGACGAUUUGGAUCCUUACGAAAAAGUGUCAUUGUUCUUACCUCAAUAGAAAUGUGGCUUAACUGCUCAAUUUUUAUUAAUAAGGCAUGGGAGGGUUUUGGAAUGCCUAAGCACAGGACAUUUGCCGGAUUUAUAUGUUCCUUCUUAUUGUUCGGUCUACUCAACAACGCUAUCUGCUCACGAAAUUGGGCAGUUACAUUAAUUGCAUUUGCCAGAUGUGAAGUUAUAACUCGUCCAGUUGCCCAUCGUGUAAAUACCCAUAUUUUCAGUCCAAAUCGCCAAAUAAUUUAUAUUUCUAUACUUAUUUUUGUUGGAAUGGUCCUUUCCUUUUUAAGACUGUUAUUUAGACCUGUGAUCGUUUGUACAAAUCUCGAUGGAUUACUCCAAUAUCCUGAAAUCAAUGUAACUCAAUUGCAAAUUAUUAACGAAAAGGUGUUCUUUGCAUAUCAGUCAGCUAUUCCCAUAUUCCUCGUUUCUCUUGCGACAAUUUUUAUGAUGAUAACUCUUCUACGGAGCUCACAAAUUGUACGAAAGAACUCCUCUGAACCAAAAAAUUCUGAUGGAAAGAUUAUAUCUUGCGUCUAUCAGCAAAAGAAAAAGAAAAAGUCCUAUCAUUUGUCAAAGCAUGUGAGAGCUACGCGAGCGAUACUUCUUAUAAUUGGUAUUUUUAUUGUUUGCGAGGCUCCAAUAUUCUUUGCCGUGGUGCUGGAAAAGCACAUAUCCCCAGAAGCUAAGUUAACCGUUUACAAGGCUCUUAGAUUCUUGAUUGUUACGGAUACCUAUGCAAACUUUAUCAUCUACUUGUUAACAUCAAAGCACUUUCGGUAUGGAUUGAAGAAGGUCUUCACCUGUAAACGAGAUGAUUAUUUGCUGAGACCAAUUGAACGAGGGAUUGUGACUGCCGCAUAG